CCCCACGUUUUGGCGCCAACCGCGCGCGGGUACGCACAGACAAGACAAACUUACUUUUAAAAUUCGAAUCGAUUUAUUUAUUCGUUCACUGUGAAUCGAUUGUGACUUUUUAAAUAAAAAAUAUCGAUUUGUUUUUUGUGAUUUAUAUUUUUGACUCUAAAAAUGAAUGUUACGUGAGAGUUUUUUUCAAAAGUGUCGUGUUUUUAUUAAAUGUUUUUCGCCGAUUGUUCUCAGAUGGCUAAACAAGAAUGUACCACCGUGGGAGGCAGAAAAUGAAGCACUUCAUCAUCAGUGCAGUUCUUCUGCUGAGCUACCCAGCAUACUCUCACUCCAAGUCCAUCAAAUCCACAGAGAAACCUGACAAAUAUGGCGACGAUAACUUUGACAAUAGCAUCAUCGAUUUUGAUGAAGACUACACUGUCAAAUAUAACAAGAAGUAUGGCAUGAUCCCAUGGAACUCCAACGAAUAUUUCAACAAAGAAACAAAUAGAUACACCAUAGUUAAGGAUUUCGAUAAGAAAGUAAAUAACAAUAGAAAUAAAACUGAAGCCAAAUUAGAACCAACAUCUACAAUAGAUUAUAGUGUUAUACCUUUAGAACUGAUUAGUACAACUGAAAAUACUCUUCUAAGUAUUAUAGAAAGUACGGCAGAACCAGACUUAACAGUGAUACCGUUAUCAACAACUAGAAAACCAACACAUAUAGAAAUCAAGCAAACUGUAACUUUACCGACUUCUACGCAAGAAGUUGAUACUUCGACUUAUUAUACUGAAAAUGAGACAACAACAGAUGUUACAGUUACUGAAAAUAACAUAGGAACCACCGAGGCAGAUACAUAUACAACUUACGGUACAUCAACUGAUGUUUUCUUCAACGACCGAAGCACUUCAUUGCCUUUAACCAACGCUACAGAAGCAAACUUUGAAACUACCACAGUUAUACCAAAUACUACUGAGAAGGAGAAUGUAAGCAGAGUAGAUUUAGGUGCAGACGGAGAAGAUUCAGACGUGCCAAUAUUCACGGAGUUAGAUACAGAGGAUCAGGCGGAGGUGCCAGAAGAUUAUUAUGAUGCUAAGGACGUGGUACCAACGACUGCUCCUAAGACAGAUGCGUUGUCAGUGAUCUUUGGGCUUGCUGGCAGUGUAGUGGAGAGCGUGGUGGAGAGUGUGGCUGAGAGAGUAGUGCCUAAGGGUAUAGUGGACUUGUUUAGAAGGAUGCAGAGGCAGAGUGAGAUGUUAGAAGCAGAGAGGCUUAGGAGUCGAGAGGAAAAUGGUGGGAUUGGUCAAUUCGGCCGUGGCAUCCUGAAGACCAUAUCCUCGGGUAUCAGCAAGCCGCUCAGCCAGCUCAUGGCAGGAGCAAGGGACAUCGGGUCCCUGGACAACGACCGAGGGUUCGUCUCCAGCCUGGCUUCGGGAGUCACCAGCGUCGCUAAUGUUGCUAACUCCUUGGUGGACUCGUUUAAGGAUCGGGUGCAGGCUAUUUAUCCAGGCACGGUAUGGUGCGGAGACGGUCGCUCAGCCACGGCGCGCUCCAGCGACCUGGGGCUGUUCUUCUUCACGGACACCUGCUGCCGGCAGCAUGAUGCCUGCAAGCUGUAUAUCAAGGCUGGGGAGACCAAGUAUGGUCUUACUAAUACUGGACUGUUUACCAGAUCGCACUGCAGUUGCGACGCGAAGUUCCGCGAGUGUCUCCGGCGCACCAACUCGCUGGUGUCGGCGCAGAUCGGCGUCACGUACUUCAACAUCCUCGGGCCGCAGUGCUUCAGGAACACGCAUCCUAUUGUCAAGUGUGUUAGGAAGACUAGAAUAACUGGUCAGAAAUGUGAAGAAUACGAGCUGGACUACACCAAGCCUCGCAUGUGGCAGUGGUUUGACAACGAGACCUUCUGAGACGCCUCGGUAACAGUGGAAGAUCAACGAGGCACUGAACAUAUUGCCUUACGCCUUGCCUUAUCUAAUAAACAGUCAUAAAUACAGAAAUAUGAAUUGUGACAGAGACUAACAUGUUGUUUAAGGGUGAAUUACACCAUUUGACUCUAACGAUAACCAAAUAAUAACCAGCCGUAUACUUGCCGCCCAUUGGUCAAAUUGGUGAUUUGAUUACUGAAAAUGGUUCGGUUAUCGUUAUAGUUAAAUAGUGCAAGUCACCGUAAAAGUAAACAAAAGAAAAUCAUUUAAAAUUAAGUUUACUAAUGUAAAUAAUAAUAAGUUAGUGUUUAAUUAUUUAUUGCCUAAGAGAAAGUAUCCCAUCCGUAGAGAUAUGAAGACAGAAGAUUAUGCUAGUUUUUAAUAUUUUUGUAAUAAAAUAGAUAACAACAAUUUUGGAAGUACAA